AUGCCUGCUCUCUGUGCCGCUAGAAUUUUUCAGUUGACAAGAGAGUUAGGUCACAAAUCAGACGGAGAAACUAUCCAGUGGCUGCUUCAACAAGCUGAGCCGUCUAUAAUAGCAGCCACCGGUUCAGGAACUGUACCUGCCUCUGCUUUAGCCUCUGUCUCUAACCACCACCAUUAUCAUCAAGGUGGGUCUCUCACUGCUAGUUUAAUGAUCAGUGACUUAGACAGUGGUGGGUCUAGACCAAGUUGGGGAGGAGAGGCUUCUAUGUCAAGUUUACAAACUGGGUUAUGUCCAAAUGUAGCUGGUGGGGUAAUGAGUGAAGGAGCUGGUCACAGAAUUGGGUUUCCUGGGUUUGAUUUUCCUGGUGGAGCUAUGAGUUUUGCUUCCUUUCUUGGUGGUGCUGGUGGUGGUAAUGGUAAUCAAAUGCCAGGACUUGAGCUAGGUUUGUCUCAGGAAGGGAAUGUUGGGGUCUUGAAUCCACAGUAUUUUACACAUAUUUAUCAACAGUUGUCCCAAGCUCAGGCUCAGGGUAGGGUUCUUCACCAUGCUCUUCAUCAUAACCCAUCACAUAAAGAUCACCAGCAAGAGAGUGGUGAGAAAGAUGAUCCUUAAUGAUGAGGGUGUUAAUUUUCAGCUUGUUUGAAUGGUUUUCUCUUGUGGGUUUUGAAAAGGUUUUGGCUUUUGUUUUGUUAUAGUAUAGUUGUAAUUGUACAAGUAGCAUGGAGAAGGAAAAAAAAGUUGAUACUUAAUACUGAGUGAGAGUGAGAUAAUCUAUGAAUGAGACCUCUGCAAAAUACACAGUGAGCUGAUUUCAGUUUGAUACUUUCAGAAGAUGAUGAUGAUACAAGAGAGACUCAAAGAGCUUUUUUGAGUGUUUGUGACAUUUUCUUGGGAGUUUCUAUGUGAAGCUUGCAAGUGGAUUUUGUUAUUAGACACAGUCCGGAGAUUGUUUUUUUUUUCUUUCUCCUUUUUUUGAAGCUUUGGAGAAUUUGAUCUAGAGAGGCUUGAUUUUUACUUAAUUCUGUGUUGUUGUUGCUUCUUUUGAAUAUCAA